AUGUCCUCCCUCCCCGAGCAUGAAGAAAAUAAAGUGGAGAAAAACACCGAAGACUCAUACUGCAGCGAUUUUACACAGUCCAGCUCAGACACUGAUUCUUCAUCUGCAAGUGACUAUGAAUACGGUGAAACUUUUGUUUAUGAAAUCUCGGAGACUGCGGCAAGGUUUAUCCGAAAGAACUUUGGCUCCGAAGUCGACUAUCAUCUGACUCGGGAUGAUGAGAAAUGGACUUGCGAAUUGAUUACGACUCCUGACAAUGAGGAAUUCCAUAACUUGGUGUUUGCCGAUCUAGACGCAACGUUGAACACAUGGCCAUUUGGAAUGCUGGCAAAGAAGCUGGCAAAAGAGACGGAAGAGGCGUUUCAGACGUGAGUGAAUUUUUGUUGGUUGAAUUUUUACUCAACUUUCCUGUCGUAUUAUCUUUAAAUGUGAUUAUCAGUCUGUCGGGAAAACAACGGCGGGUCGUCGCAGAAAAAUGUUUACGCUGUGAGGAAACAAAAGUUUUCUUUCUACUAUGCAGUUUCUUGAUUUUUGCAACGUGCAGAUUUAUUCUCCCUGACUUGAGGUUUGCACUGUUCGAAAUGAAGAUAAUGCACAGUGCGUUAGCGCGUUGCAUUUGAUGAUAAAAUAUCAGUCUGUCGGGAAAAUUGUGAGUGCAAUGUCGCUGUGUCAAUCGCGGCGAAAAUCAAUGAGCUUUGCCGCGAGGAAAGUUCUUUUUCUUGGCGGAGAUGCAAUUUCCUAUGCGACUGAGUGCUCCAACGGCAAACAACGUUUCAUUUUUCAUCCGGGAAGGGACUAAAUGUCUCCAAACCCUUCCCUUCUCUAAGCUAAAACACCCCGCUUUGAAGAGCCCGCCUUGAAGGAAAGGGCGCGUUUUUCAAAGCGGAGUUUUUUUAGCUUAGAGAAGGGAAGGGUUUGGAGUCAUUUUGGUCCCUUCCGGGAUGCAAAAUCUGACGUUUUUUUGCCAUUGGAUCAGGUCCCUCACUGUAUUUUCCCGACAGACUUGUCGCACGGAAAUAUGUAAAUACAAACUCGGCUUUUCAUUUUUAGGCUGUUCAUGGACAAUGUAGACAGGUUGCUGAUGAUUAUCGAGUUUUGCAACCUAUUUGAAAACAAUGCGUCUUCAAGCUUGGAAGAAGUGGAGGCUCUCCUUGAUGACGAAACUAAAAUCAAAGCUCUUGAACUGCAUCUUCGAGAAGCUUUGGAGCUGCAAGAUUACUUGGAGCUUGACGUACAGGGAUUUGUAGAGCAGCUGAAAACACUGUAUCAAGAAGAGGAUCGAUGGCGUAAAGCUGGACCUUUUUUGGCGGAGAAACAAACUGCUCGGCUGGUGUAGGUUUUUUGGUUUUUCAGUUUGUCGGGAAAAUAAUGCGGACUUGUCGCAGCAAAAUUCCUUGUCUUGUCGCUGUCGCGCACCAAAUCCCCGGCUUUGGCAAAGCUUCGCAAUGUGAUGAUGGACGAUUUUGAGGCACGAAAAAUCCAUAUUAUUUACCCGACAGAUUGAUAUUAUACAGUAUUGUACUAUCAGUUAUUAUACUAUCAGUCUGUCGGGAAAAUAAUGUGGAUCUGUAGCGAAGUACCGAAGGGCGAUUUUAAGGCAUAACAAAUCCACAUUAUUUUCCCGACAGACGCACAUUAAUGCUCUGUGCAAAAACGAAAAAAGUGUCCAUGCACUUUAUGAAAAUAACAUAUUGAUAUGCAACAUUAUUUGCAGGCCCUUCCUCGUUGCUGCUGCUCUAGACUUGGACAAAAGUGACGUUUUAAGUCUACGUUUGGUUUCGAAAGAAUUCAAGGAAAAAGUCGACUAUUCGUUGGUCGACAACAUGUAUGUGCAAUCGCGGUUCUACAAAAACAACUUUGGAAUUGUUGAGUCAAACGACACGCGGUUUGUGGUGAGCUAAAUUUGUUCCGUGCACUUUAUGAAAAUACGAAUAGUUUUGUCGCAAUUUGGAGAAAUCUAAAACCUUUAUUUUCCAGAAAAUUGCCAACCUCUUAACGGGUAAAUCAAUACUUCACUGCGACAAGAAUACUGCCAAGAAAUUAUCGCCAAUCGUUUCCAUUUCUUCCGACAAUGAUUUGUCAUAUCUUUAUCAAUCCGAAGCCGGUGAAGAGCUAGCGCUUGCUCUGAAGCAGACUCCCGAAUCAUCUUUCAUUGGCCCACUUGAACAUGAUGUUUCUGGUGAGAAAUGGAGGCUGAUUCAAGGCACAUUGAAGCACGAGGCUUUUGAGGAGAUUUUUCGAAAAAUUAUUCAGCUUGAAUAG